AUGACCCACAACACAACACCCCCAUCAUCAACCUACAACCUUGUCGACCCAAAGACCCCCAUCGUCUCCGGAAGACUCCUAGCCUUCCUCACCAACUUUCUCGAGCUCGUCGGUGAGCCCCUCGGAGUCACAUCCUACCUCUGCGCCGAUGCUGGACUCUACGUCCUCCGCAACAAGGAUUACGCUGAGGCGCCUACCACCAUGCCUGUCUGGGCACCUGUUGAAAAAAUGGUCCAGUCUGCUGUUGCCGACCCCAAGACCAACACGGUUGCUGCUCAGGAUUACUUGACCGCCUUGCAGAAGGAUGCUGAUGACCAGGCUGCGAAGGCUACUGGUCUGAGGGCUGAUACUAGAGGAGAAGAUAAUCAUCGAUUCUUGACGUGUCGUGAUUUUUAUGUUGCUUACAAGUCUGGACAGUACACCCCUACCAAGGUUGCGGAGCAAUUGAUCGAGCGCAUUCAAGCCUCCAGCGAGGUGUCGCCAUCCCUGGGAGCUGUCUGGAACUGGAACAAGGAAAAGAUUUUGAAGCAGGCUCAGGAGUCAACCGUGCGUUACCAGAACGGAACACCUCUCAGCAUCGUUGAUGGUGUCCCUGUUAUUGUCAAAGACGAGAUUGACGUUGAGGGAUUCGAGACUGGAGUGGGCACAAGCUACAUCAAUAAGGGCAAUCCGGCCAAGGAGGAUGCCCAUCUGGUCGCGCUCCUCCGUAGCCAUGGAGCCAUCAUCAUCGGCAAAUCGACCAUGCACGAGAUUGGACUGGGAAUCACGAACUUCAAUCCCAGCACCACAACCCCUCGCAACCCCUACAGACCCGCACACUCGACUGGAGGCAGUUCCGGAGGCUCUGGCGCCGCCGUUGCCUCAGGACUUUGCCCAAUUGCAAUUGGUUGCGAUGGCGGUGGAUCGGUUCGUAUCCCCUCGUCGUACUGUGGAAUCUAUGGAUUAAAGCCCACCCAGGGACGCAUUUCAGGACGGGGAGAGUACCCUUUGGCACCCACGGUUGCCAUUAGUGGACCCAUGUGUGCAUCUAUGGAGGAUCUGUCGAUUGUCUACGCUAUCAUCGCCGGACGUGAUAACCAGGACCCCAAUUCGCUUCUCCAACCAACCGUCGUCCUUCCUUCGCCUACCAACCUCAUCUCCAGCCCCCAGAAGGGACAAUUGCAGGGAUUGCGUAUUGGAAUUUACCGCCGUUGGUUUGAGGAUGUGACGCACCCCGAAAUUGCUCAGGUCUGCUACAAGAUGCUGGACAGCCUUGUCAAGGACCAUGGUGCUGUGUUGGUCGAUAUUGAGAUUCCUGAGCUCUUUGAGAACGGCAAGGCGCAUAAUAUUACUAUUGUCGGCGAGAUGCUUUCCAAGAUCAGCACUGGCCGCAAGAAGUUGAACUAUCAGUCGAGAUUGGAAUUGGCAAUGAUGGCUAGUUUACGUAUUGAGGACUAUGUGAGGGCUCAGCAACAAAGAACACGCAGCAUCCGGUUCUUGGAGUCACUCUUUGGUCACAAGGAGAGCGACCCUCAUCACCACGCACAGUACCCUUGCCUCGGUGGCCUUGAGGCUGGUGUGGUCGAUGUGAUUGUUACACCCACUAUCGCCAACUUGCCACCCAAAGUGCAUCCUGGUGCCGAGUCUCACGGCGAGUCAAACUACCUGAACAACGUCAAGGGUAUGCAGUACAUGAUGAUGGCCAAUUUCACGGGUAUCCCUGGAAUCACUGCUGUUGCUGGUUACACCGCAGAGGAAUACAAGCACCAUAAUGGUGACCAGUAUGAGACGGGUCUGCCGAUCGGUAUCCAGUUCAUGUCGCAGUGGUGGGAUGAGAAGAGGUUGAUCCAUGUGGCCAAAGUUUGUGAGCAGGUCUUGGGGGCGCGUCAGAAGCCCAAGAUCUGGUUGGGCGACUACCUUCUGUAG